AUGGCGAAAGAAGAGGAACCCACAUCUUCACCUAUGCAUCCUUCUUCCUCGUACACCUUCCUUCUCAACAUCAUGAGUAAGAGGAGAACCUGGGCAUGCCUUUUUCUCUUCGUCUAUGGUACCCUUUUGGCUUCUUCAUGGAAUUUCCUCAAAUCCACGCUUUCUUGGUACAAUCUGCAAGUUCAGUCCUCCACCUCCGCCUGGCCCGCGCUUUACGCCUCCGUGCUUCUGGGCACCGUCUUUGGGCUCCUUUCCAUGGUGGCGGCUCUGGUGGUUAUGGUUCCCGCUGUGAUGGUGACAUGGAUCACCGUGGUGGUGCUCUUGGCCUUCUUUGGGAAGCCUAGGAGGACCCUGGUGGUGGAAGGGAGGAAGAUCACGGGGGAAAUUUUCGGGGUUGUGGUGAGGAUUCUGUUGAAGGAAGGGAAUUUUGUGGCUGCUGUUUGUGCUGUUUUGGGGUACUUUGCUCUGGUUAGAAGGAAUCGGACUCAAGAGGGGGUUGUUGGUGAAUCGUGA